UUCAUUAACAUUUGGAAAAUGUUUUGCCUUUUCGAGCCACAUUUGUUGUGAUAAGAAAACGUGAUCCAAUCUUCACCUUGUGCAUAAUGAUGUGAUUUAUUCAGAACAAUCUGUUGUGAGUUUCAGCAGCAGUCCACUGGAGGUCCCUGUUUCCUCAGGCGUCAUGUCUGAGGAGGAGCUGAGGCGGAUUAAGAGACCAGGAGUUGAAAUGAGGCAGCAGGAACUCAACACUGGUCUGUCGGAGUUUGGUGUAUGAGCCAUGGAUUAUUCUGUUUCAGUUUCACAUUACCUGUAGCACAGGGAGCAUCUCAGACUGGGAACAAGCUUUGUCUUUCCAGGGUUCUCCCCUGUCAGCGGCAGACGUGUACCAGAAAGAUGCAGCUGCAGCUGUGCUGACCAGCAGCAGCUCAACAAGUCAGAGUGUGGGGCAGCUGGCAGAGUCUGAAUGUAAUACUGGGUCAGCGAGCCAGUUGGUGAGCCUACUUCGGUGUGCGAUGUAUGGGCCUGCCCUCCCCCUGUGUCUGCUGCUCUGGAUUGUCGGAGCAGCUGCUUCCACAAUACAAAGUGGGGUUUCAGCUCCUGCCAGGCUAAUAGCAGAGGCAGGUCGCCCCAUCAUGCUUGGCUGCAAUGUCUCCACGGCAACAGGUGACAUCGUCCGGCAAGUCCGCUGGCUCAGAGAUGGCAAGGUCCUCCUAUCAUACGAACACAGCGUGCCAGUUCACAUCACCCAUCAGGAACCCAGCGUGCAGCUCACUGCCCAUGCCAAUGAUGCCAGCUACAUCACCAUCAAGAGGGUGCGGCCUGACGACGUGGGCUGCUACAACUGCAUCUUUGAUGUUUUCCCCAGGGGCCAGCAAAAAGGCCAGACGUGCAUCGACGUCACUGGUAAAGUGCGCCAGGAGGGCAACAAGACGGCCAUCAGCGGGAAGCCAGCCACACUGUCUUGCUGGUACAACCUCCCUGAGAGGGUGAAGCAGGUGCUGUGGAGGAAGACUGCCGAGCAGGGCGACACCACCACUGUGGCCUCCUAUGUCAAGCAAGGCCACCACAAUGUAGAGGAGCAGUUCAGGGGUCGGGUUAGCCUGAGCCAAACUCUGGAUCACACCCAGCUGACCAUCCAGUCAGUCAGCACGGAGGACGAGGCCUGCUACACCUGUGAAUUCCACACAUACCCAGAUGGCAGUAAAAGAGCCACAACCUGCCUCUCUGUCUAUGUUUUACCCAAACCAGAGGUGAGCCAUGUGACCUCGCCUUCAGGAGUCACUGAGGCCAAUUGCACCGCCCAGUCCCGUCCUGCAGCAGACAUCAGGUGGAAUGUUGGUGGCGACAAUCGAACCCUCGGGCCACCCAUUUCAUCAGCCUACGAUCAGGGCGAUGGCACAACAAUAGUGAUGAGCACGCUGCUCUUCCAGGCAGGACUGCUCAGUGACGUGUCUGUCAAGUGCAUCGUGCACCACAAGGGUCUGGAGAAACCCCUGUCAGUGUCGCUCAACACAAACGUGGGUCCAGCCAUGGUUAUCCUGCUCUCAGUGUGUGGUGUGGCAGCGGUCCUCCUCCUGUGUCUGUGUGUGUGUCUCUGCAAGUGUUUCCUCUGCACUGAUGACUGAUUUAGAGCCCAGUGUCACCAUCGCGUUGAUGAAGCUCCAGCUAGCUGCUCAGCACCGUGCCCUUCAGCUCAGUGUGCAGAUGGAAGGGAACAGAGCUACUGGUUCUGCUUCCAUGAGCUGGGAAGGUCCUGUUAGUGUAAACAAAUGCAUCUACUACAAAGUAAAUAAAAGUAAAACCACAUCAUCUAAUGCUAGUUAGUACAGUUACAGUAGAAAAGUACCUUUGAUUAUUGACGAGUCUUGGGGUUGAAUCAAUAUAUCUGGUGCCAUCAUGGAGCUGCAGCGAAACUCUACCUUAAGAUUGUUGCAGUGUGUGUGUGAGAUCAGGUCACUGAUGCUGACCAGUGUAAUAAGUUAUAUUUUUCUGUUUUCUUUCAAAAUUAACUAAACUCUUAAUUCUUUCAAAUAACAUUAGAUUAGGUAGGCAACAGUUGAACUUGAUUAGGUAUCCUAACAGUAGCUAUAAAAGAGUUUAAUGGUCCAGAACUUAGCCAAUUAUCAUCAGCGUGAUGCGUGUGGACCACACAGGUGUCAUCAGUCAUAAACUGAAAGUUUGCUCAGUUCUCACUGGUGCACAGACGUACGCGAUGUCACCUUUUCCCUGCUGAGUCUCACACACUUCAGUCUAGUGAGAAGAACACAGACACAAAAAUCCCUCAACAGAAAUAAAACUGCUCUAACUUUGGCAGAAACCUUUGUUUUCAUGUAAUAAGAUGACAAGGAAUAGGAUUUUAGUGUGGCUAGAAGUGCAUACAUUGUUGUUCUGUGGACCUACAUAAUGGCCACCACAAGUUGUUGUCACCUAAAAUCCUAAAGGGUGCUGUGCCAGUUAUGAACUCGACCUGGAAAUUACAUGAACUCAAAGAGAAGCACACAAAUGGAACGUAAAAUCAAACUUGUAGUGAACAAUGAGUGACUCAGACUGAGAUUGUUUGAGUGGGAAAUAAUGAGAGGCUGGUUAUUUAUGGCUGCUGUGCUGUGCCAGACAGUGCG